CCGUGACACGCACCUCACACAGAAAACCCCACUUCUCCCACCGAUAAUAGAUUUUACAACUUGAUGACUGUUCCUCCUUCAGUCCGCGGGAUCAAUCGCCGGGACGAGCUGCUGUGAUCUGCUGCAGUGCAGCAUCGGCGGACGGACGACCUUAUUGCAACCACGCACCACAAGGAAGGAGGGCUGGAGUCUGUGUUUUUAUUUUAUAUUUUAUUCUUGUAUCAUCGCGGGGGCGGUGUGAGUCUCCCCCGCUGCGGUCGCUGGAGGAGGUGGGGGUAAAUCAGGGUAAAUCAGCUGCCCGGGCUGACGUCGAGCAGGCAGCUCAAGGAAAUCACCUGCCAUGUUCCCACCUCACAAAGUGCUGCUCUUCUCUCCGGGAUCCGGGAUCCUGUCCCCCCCCACCCUGAAUAAAUCCCUGGAGGGGUUUUUCUAAUUGUUCCGUCAGAGUUGGGAAGGUCGCGGAGCAACUUUGGCCUGCUGAAAGUUUUUUUUCUUUUUUUUUUUUUUCUUUUUUUGGGACACCAAAACCCUGCUUUCAGACCUGAAAGGAAAACAUCUCCAGUAAGAAGAAGAAGAAAAAAAAAAGGAAUAAUUUUUUUAUUUUUUAUUUUUAUUUUCACUCAGGCUUCUCUCGGGCCACCUCAGGCAGCGAGCUUCCAGGUUAGCAUGUUAGCCACCUAGCUCCACCAUUGCCCAACUUUUUCACCGAGGCGACACAAGUUUGACCCGGCGCAGAUUGCUGUCAUUUGAAGCCUGGAUGUUUUCACACCCGGAUCUCGGCUGAAUUAAACGUCUUAUUUCCCCGUUCUUGCGCUUGUUGUCAAACAUGGGACGCGUGGUUGGCAGCCCCCAGCUAGCUGGCUAACGCUGCACUGGUACCGAUGUGGGACUCAACUUGUUGAUUCUGUUGGGAGUUCAGCCUUCUAACAUCACCUACACGGGGUUCAAUGCACACAGGACAAUAACUGGUCCUUUUCACUGGUUUAUCUAUUUUUUGAGGGGGCAAUUCCUAAGAGUUUGAAAGAUGUCAACAAGGAUCCCGCUGGUUCAAGUCAUUGAAAAUUCAGCUGGACAGGAGCAGAAGUCCUCCGGCCGAUCCAGCAUGUCGCGAUGUCGGAACUCUGUGGCCACGACCACGACAGAAGAGCAGCCGCACAUCGGUAACUAUCGGUUGCUGAAGACCAUCGGCAAAGGCAACUUCGCAAAGGUUAAACUGGCACGACAUGUCCUCACAGGAAAAGAGGUGGCUGUUAAGAUCAUAGAUAAGACACAGCUGAACUCCUCCAGUUUGCAAAAGCUCUUCCGGGAGGUGAGAAUCAUGAAGAUGUUGAAUCAUCCCAACAUAGUGAAGCUCUUUGAGGUGAUAGAGACAGAGAAGACUUUGUACUUGGUAAUGGAGUACGCCAGUGGAGGAGAGGUCUUUGAUUACUUGGUGGCUCAUGGCAGAAUGAAGGAGAAAGAAGCACGUGCCAAAUUCAGACAGAUCGUGUCAGCGGUGCAGUAUUGUCAUCAGAAGUGUAUAGUACACAGAGACCUCAAGGCAGAGAACCUGCUGCUGGAUGCAGACAUGAACAUCAAGAUAGCAGACUUCGGCUUUAGUAAUGAGUUUACUUUGGGGAACAAGCUGGACACUUUCUGCGGCUCCCCGCCGUACGCAGCCCCGGAGCUCUUCCAGGGCAAGAAGUACGACGGGCCUGAGGUGGACGUGUGGAGCCUGGGAGUGAUUCUCUACACACUGGUCAGCGGCUCGCUGCCCUUUGAUGGACAAAACCUCAAGGAAUUGAGGGAGCGUGUGCUGCGUGGUAAAUACAGGAUUCCCUUCUACAUGUCCACCGACUGUGAGAACUUACUCAAAAAGUUCCUGAUCCUGAACCCUUCCAAAAGAGGCAGCCUUGAGCAGCAGAUAAUGAGGGACCGAUGGAUGAACGUGGGACAUGAGGAGGAGGAACUCAAACCCUACAUCGAACCUCAGCCAGAUUAUAAGGACCCCAGGAGAACAGACAUCAUGCUGCAGAUGGGAUUUUCUCAAGAGGAGAUUCAGGACUCACUGGUGAACCAGAAGUACAAUGACGUGAUGGCUGCAUACCUGCUUCUGGACUACAGGAACUCUGAGUUGGAUGAAAGUGGCAUCAAGCCACGACCAGGAAGUGAUGUAAGCAACAAAAAUGCCCCCUCCCCAUCUCAUAAGGUACAGCGCAGUGUAUCGUCUAACCAGAAGCCUCAGAACCGCAGAGCCAACGAUCAGGGCUCCUCGUACUCCAAGCGGGGAGGUCAAGGAGACAACCGGUCUGCAGUGGAGGAUUCUGGGAGGAAAAGUUCAUCAGGCAGCUCCACGACCAAGGUGCCAGCCAGCCCUCUGGUCUCCACUGACCGCAAAAAGAGCGCCACGCCUUCCACUAAUAGCAUCCUGUCCACCGGUACUGGUCGCAGUCGAAACUCUCCACUAACUGAAAGGGCCACGAUCGGCCAGGGUAUUCAGAAUGGCAAGGACAGCCUAAACACUCCGGGCUCCCGAGCCUCCACUGCCUCGGCUGCAGCCGUCCUCUCGCCCUCCUCCUCCUCGCGUCCCCGUCACCACAAGUCCCUGUCCUCGUCCAAUCAUCCAUGCCCCUCUGACCUGCACGCACCACGAUCCAGUGCGGCGCCGCAGCGGGCGCCCGGCGCCUCCCCAUCUGCCCACAACAUCAGCAGCGCAGCCGUGUCCGACCGAACCAACUUCUCCAGAGGGGUGGGCAUCCGCAGCACGUUCCACGCCGGCCAGCAGCGCGGUGCCCGGGACCAACAGGGCUCCGCCUACUCCGGCGGCCCCGCCUCCCCAUCCCUGUCGCAUGGCAACAGCCAGGCCCGGAGGACACAUGGGGCCACGGGGAUUUUCAGCAAGUUCACAUCCAAGUUCGUACGCAAAAAUCUCUCGUUCAGGUUUCCAAGAAGGAGUCCGUAUGAGGGAGAGGGUCGGGAUGAGGGGAGCAGGUCUGUACUGAGCAGUACUGUGGAAAAGUCGGAGAAGACCUCCGGCGGCGUUUUCUCUUCGUCUUCCAAUAACGAUGAGAACAACUCCUCGCCAGGAUCUGGAAACACUGGUGGCACGGGCACCCCUCCGGCCAACGCCAGCCAGAAGGACUCGGCCAAGCCCCGCUCGCUGCGCUUCACCUGGUCCAUGAAGACCACGUCGUCCAUGGAGCCCACGGAGAUGAUGCGCGAGAUCCGCAAGGUGCUGGACUCCAACAGCUGCGAGUACGAGCUGCGCGAGCGCUACAUGCUGCUGUGCGUGUCGGGCAACCCGGCGCGCGACGACUUCGUCCAGUGGGAGAUGGAGGUGUGCAAGCUGCCGCGGCUCUCCCUCAACGGCGUGCGCUUCAAGCGGAUCUCGGGCACGUCCAUCGCCUUCAAGAACAUUGCUUCAAAGAUUGCCAACGAGCUCAAACUGUAAGCGUUGAGCGGCAGCGAGGAGAGAUGCGAGGUCGAAGGGGUCGAGAGCAGGUGGGACGGGGGCGCAGCGAGGUGGAGGUCGGGACGGAAGCUAAACGGUGGGAUCACUUUAAAAAUAGCACGAUUGUUAUGUAGACAAACGUCUGAAGCGGGGCUGCCGGUUGAGACUAGAAGACCUUUCAGUUUUAGGAGUUUUGUUCCCGGAGGAGGCCCUGCGAUCAAAGACUCUGAGCUAACUUCCUCUAAGUUGUGAAGUACUUACAGACGGAGGUCUUCUCUUUACCCCGCCGGGCUUCUUCUGUCACAUUCUACUUAGACGUUCCACUCUUCUGCAUGUCCAGUCUUCUCUCUCUCUCUCUGGUUUUUUGGGGGUGUCACACUCGGACCCCCCUCUGACCACUCCUGUCAUUUUUUUCUUCUAUUUAUUCAGUUUCUUUGCACGGUUCCGCUGCCGGGUCUUUCUGGGUGGGUGAAGAAGGGGUGACCAGGUGAAAACGAAGGUUGGAUGAAGGGUGAAGUGAAGGGUGGGAACGCUGGAGAACAGAAAAGAAAAACAAAAAUCUGUCCAUGGAGCCUUAUUUUGCUGGAAAACUCGGAGAAAGGAGUUUUGAUGGAUUUAUUCUGAUUGUCCUCCAAAACUGAACGAACUCAGCUGAGCCGGGACUUGCAUUGCUGAAGCCCACUAACUCUCUCUCUCUCUCUCUCUCCUUCACUCACUCAUUUAAUGGACAGAUGAACUCUGAUGCUAAAUGAGCUUCUACCCUCCACCUGCUCACCUACACCUGCCCUCCGCCAAAAGAUUAAUUUUCAAAACCUCUCAUCCAUCCUUCAUCCUCUCUCUUCACCGUCUUUUCCUCCUCCUUCUUUCCUCUCAGACUGAGUUCAGCACAAACACAUCCAUGUGGUCACCUUUCACUCCUUAUCUCUUGCUUUUACACUUUUUUUGUUUUUCUUAUCACUAUCAAGUCCGAGCGGGACGGUUGGGCCGGACUGCAUCUUUAAAUCUCUACUUCUUUUCUUUUUAAAUUAGUUUAUUGUUUUGCAGCUUUUUAAACAGAGUUGUGCACUGGAACAAGAGGGGCAUAUUUAAACCCAUGGAGGGGAGGACGCUUCAUGGUCAAGAUUGUUGAUGGAUUUUAUGUUGCCUUUCUUUGAAGAAUUAAAUUUGGGGUUUGUUUUUGAUGUCAGCACAUAAAUGCUAGAAUGAUUUAUUUGUACUGUUUCAUUUUUUUCUCUGGAUGUUGGUAUCACUUAGUUGGCAUCACGCCUUCAUUAACCAGAAUGUCAACCCUGAACCAACACAUUUCUGACCCCCCCCCCCACCCGCCGUUACUCCGUGUCCCAAAGAGAAAAUGCAAGAAAUAGUUUUUUUUUUGGAGCAAAUCGAACGUUUGCUUGAGCGCGUUUAUAAAAGAUCACUGGAAAAAUGAUAAUUGACGACGACACAGCGGUGAACUAUUUCUUUUUUGAUUUGAUAAUAUAUAUUUUUGUCGUUUGAAGAAAUUUGAGGGUUUGUACAGAUUUGGAUGGAAAGGACGGAGCGUGAGGGGUCGUGGCCGGUCGGAUCAUUGCUGCCUUUUCAGUGUAGUGCACCUUCAACACGUUUAACUUCCACACCGCCUGACGCGCGUCUGACUAAACACAAACCGCCCUGAAGUUGAGGAUUGUCCAUGUACGUGGUCAGUCAUUUUUGGCCUUCUUUUUCUUUAUGAAAAGGCCUUGUCAGUACAGGAUGGCUUGAAGCUGAGAGGCAGAGAAGAGAAAAUAAAAAGGAAAGACAACCCCAAGAAGAGUCACGUCUUCUCUUUGCCUCUCGUCACUUUCGACGCUCCAGUUUUAUCGAUUUCUGUAGAAAAAACAAAAAGUCGCAGGGGUCCGAGAGAGGCUGGCCCCAUCAGCUGGUUGUACCCGACUCAACACUUUUCUUUUGACAAAGGCACACUGUCAUUUUACUUUUCUUUCAGUUUUUAAUACGUCAGAAUUUUCUUUAAAACAUUGAUCAUUGUAUUAAGGUGCUGGGUAUUGGAUUCUAAUUAUUAUUCUGGCUGUUGCUAUUAUAUUAUCUCUUUCAGGGUUGAUUUUAUUUUACAUUAUUUUGUUUCACAUUGCUGUAAUUUACAUUGAUUUUAAAUGUGUUGAGCAAAACUGUAACUGUAGUGGUGGGUUUUUGGGGUUGGGAGGGGUGAUCAACUCCUUAAAAAUGUAUUAUGUUUGUUUUUUGUUUUUUUUUUGAGUAAAGACAAAAUGAUGAAAAAUUACAAUGAUAGUAAUAAAAACAAUGAUAUAAUGAUA